AUGUAAUUAUUCUCAUGGCUCUCUUAAAAAGUAGUGUAAUUGAGUGCAAUUACUCUUAUUUCAAUUGGUUUAACCUUAACUGGCUAUGGAAUUUACAUAGUUUCACUGAUACUAUUCAAAAAUUAUGAUGGUAACAUGAAAUAUCAACAUUAGGGUAUUUUAAAUUCGAUUCAGAUUUUGGAAUGUUUGGUUAAAAAUACGGCGCCCUUGUGAUUGGGGUUUCUCUUAUCAUUUUCGGAAUUUUCGGAAUUUUAGGAUCUACAGCUAAAAAAGUGUGUUUCCAAAGAGGUUUCUUGAUCCUUCAUCACCUAAGUGUAUUAUUAUUUGGAAUCCUUUUUGUUGUAUUGUUUUAUUUGUUGAAUUUCAAGUCGAAAGAAUAUUUUGGGAGAUGUAGAAUUAUUAUAGAAUUUAGCAUGUGAGUCUACUCAGAAUUUCAAAGAAUUAAGUGACGGAGUUAAAAGUGCCAACGAAUCUUUUUGUUCUGUAAAAUGUCCAUGCAAUUUGGAUGCUACUAAAUUUAAAGAUAAAUCAGUUCUAAGAGGAAAGGUAGGAUUUUCCUCCUCUGUUUUGCCAUCUAAUGUACAAAGUUGUGUAGGAUUUGAUACUGAGUAAUACAAAUACCCAGUUCAAUUGAUGAAUGUAAGAACAAUUUCUAAGUGCUUAGAUUUUGGAAAUGAACUUUUCGUGUUCUGGUUGGUGUACUAGCACUUCCAUUUUUGUUUUUUCAGACAUCAAUAGGGGCAAUACAUCAGGUUAAAGUUGUUUCUUAAAGUUUUAAAAGUAUUAUGAGGAUUACGUAACAAUCAUGGGUUUUAUCUCUUUGGGUUUGGGCAUUCUAUUCAUGUUAUCGUUCUCUUUCAUAUUUUACCUUUAUUGUGGAAAACAUGAUUUGGAGAAAUAGAGGGCUUAGGAAUUAAGAUUGUUAUGCAAAUGA